GGGUCCACCUCCAUCCAGCCUCGUGUCAGAAAACCAAAAGAAGCAUUGCCAAAUGCCAACGCCAAUCUCAUGUCUCGUCAUCAUCAUCAUCAGUACCGCAUAGCAUAGGCAUCCAACAUAGAUGGAUAGAUAGCCUAAUUCCCAUUUGUCAAUUCACAAUUUCACUCCCAAGAUGGCGGAGAGUGACUAAUGAGUGUCUCACUCUCACAAUAAAAACCCCCUAAUUUUUUCACAAUCCCCCCUUCACCUUCUCCUUUCGCAAAACCACAAUGGAACCCUCCUCUUAUCUUUCAGAUGUUCAGCAACUCCUUCAGCAAUACCAACAAUACCAAGCCCAACAACAACAACAGCAACAACAACAACAACAAAAUCAAAAUUACGCUACUCAAACUUACGAUCCUUCUCACCCUGCUCCCUAUGACCAAUCAAACCAACAAUAUUACUCUUCUUACUACCAACAACCACAACAAUAUGCCUAUCACCAAUCCAAUUACGCCACCGCCUAUCAGCAACCUGCCCAGCCCGAAUCCGCGGAGUCCGGAGCGCACCCGGUCCCACUGAAUGCGGCGGCGGCCGCCGCAGUGGCUGCGCUGUCGCAGUUGACCGAGUUUGCGGGGAACAUGAGCGCCGCUGAGAGAGCCAUGGCCGGGUUUAUGGGCCAGGGUCAGGGCCCAAUGCAUCCACCGGUUGGCUGGUCUCCGUACAGGGGUGGUGGUAGAAAAAAUGGCAGGCCAUAUAGAGGAGGUGGCCGUGGAAAUUUUGGCCAACACCAUCCCAGGUCAAGUGGCUCUGGUCCACCUUUCCGUGGGAGAGGACGUGGUCGUGGUAGGGGUGGUCCUCGACACUUCCCUUCUCACGGUGCUUCUUCAACGUCUUCACAUCCAGAACCUUCUGCCACUGAGGAUGCAGAGUCAACAGAUGAUGGGGCAGAACCCUCUGCGGACGCACCUGAAGGAGUAGCUCAAGCUGCAGUGCCACCUGAGCCAUCAUCAUCUGCACAAUCACAGGGGAAGAUAGAGCAUAAUCGGCGACCCCCACAGGCUGCUUGGUGUGAGCUUUGUAGGGUGGACUGCACUAGUGUGGAGACCCUUGAGCAGCACAAGAAUGGAAAGAAGCAUAAAAAGAACUUGCAGAAGCUCGAAGAGUUAAAAAAUGCUGUCAAACUGGGGGCUGAUAUGCCGAAUGAGCAGAAUCCCACAGCUGAGUCUGAGCAAAAAGUGUCUCAGAAGCUUGGGUGUGCACGGAAUGGUGAAGUGGACACACAAAUGGAAAAUUUACCUGCUAUAGCUGUUACUAAUGAAAAUAAAGAGGAGGCUGAACAGCAAACUAAUACUGUUGAACGGCCUGAAGUUCCUGUGCAGGAGACAUCUGAUUUGCAAGGAAGGAAUCCUAUGAUGGAUCGGUUUGACAAUAGGAGGCAUGGCAUGAAGCGUAAGAUGAGGGGUGGUAGGGGAGGAAAGCGCUUGAGAACUUUUGAAUCUCCAAGGCAGCAUGCUGAACCUCCUAAACCGAAAGUGGUAAUUCCUUUAAUCUGUGACUUGUGCAAUGUCAAGUGUGACACGCAGGAGGUUUUUGACUGCCAUCUUUCUGGCAAAAAGCACCUUGCUAAGCUUAAACGAUUUGAAGGUCAUCAAGCCAUGUAUGGGCCAAUGGGGCUUCAGGCUCUUUACCCCCCUAACCCAAUUGCACAGACUCUUUUUCCUCAAGGCCAUCAACAACCUUAUUAUGCCCCCCCGGGUUCUCUUCCUUCAUCAGGGCCAUAUGUGACUCCCCAAGCUCAACAAGCAGCAUCCACAACUAUAGGUACAGAUCCCCAAUUUCAACAACAUCCCAAUCACCAAGUUUCAGAAGCCUUUCUUGAAUCUGGUAGCCAUAAUGCUGUUACAGUGACGCCCAAUUCCCAGCAGCAAGAAGCCAUUGUAGAACCAGAAAUAAGACCAACUUUGGCUGUGGAGGGAAACCCUGUAAAUGGCGUUUGAGACUGUAAAUGAACUUGUCUAACCCUUUGCUGAUUUACACUAUUGCAGAAGGUGGCCAUGUCAUUCCUGACUUACGGUGAUGUUAUCUUUAGGCUGUGAAGCACUUCAUGCCUUUUCUUUUCUUGUCAUAUCUGCUUAAAAGUGGGAACUUAAUUUUUGAGUUUUCCCUUUCAUGGUUUUGUUGGAAGUCUCUUUGAUUAUUUUGCGAGGCUGAAGUUCACCAAUAUGUUGACAGUUUGACCUAUUACAUUAGUCAAACAUUAGUUAGUGCAUAAACUCUGUGCUGAUGUUCAUAUUC